CGCGGCGCGAGCGGUUCCGGGGCGGGGCGGGAGCGGUUCCGGGCCGCGGCCGAGGCCGAGGGGAGCCGGGGCCGCCCGGCGGCGGCCGAGGGUGGCGGGGCGUCGCCAUGCGCUACAACGAGCGGGAGCUGCUCUCCCUGGCCCGGCAGCCCGCCGAGAAGGCGGCCGAGAUCCUGAUGCGGGUGCCCAAGAAGGGGAGCGUGUUAAAGAAACGCCUUGUGAAGCUUGUGGUCAACUUUCUCUUCUACUUCCGGACAGAUGAAGCGGAGCCCAUCGGAGCUCUGCUGCUGGAGCACUGCAAAAUCACCAAAGAGGAGGAGAACGUUUUCUCAAUCAGUUUCAUUGAGGAGCCGGAGAGGAAAUACUGCUUUGAAUGUGACAGUGAAGAGCAGUGUCAGGAGUGGAUUGAGGCACUCAAGCGAGCCAGCUAUGAGUUCAUGAGGAGGAGCUUGAUUUUCUACCGGAAUGAGAUCCAGAAAAUGACAGGGAAGGACCCCCUGGAGCAGUAUGGGAUCUCCGAGGAAGCCCGCUUCCAGCUGGGAACACGCAAGCAAUAACCCCCUGGCUUGGGCUGGCUUCUGGCCACAGCUGCCCUCUGGGAAGGGUCAAACCCAGGUUCCCCCAGGGAGGAAGAGCAACAGUUCCCCACAGUGGUGACCAAGUGACUUUUUAAUUUAUUAGCCAAAUAAUUUUGUAUGAUUUUUAAGGGAAUUCAUUGCACAUUCCCACUUCUGGUGCCCCUGACCUGCCCCAGUGGUGCAGGCAGCCGGAGCCUUAACCGCUCCCUGUAGACCAAAACUGCGAGCUGACCGGUGGCUGCACUGACAUCUCCGCAGGCGCGUCCUGCGUGCACUGCUGCAGCUGUGGGAGUGAAACAGCCCCCACUCCGAGCAAGAGCAGAGGGGGCAGGGACUGAAGGGAGUCCCCAGCAUCUGCUGUCCUCCAGCGAGGGCCUGCUUCCCUCUUCAUUCCUGUCCCCCUCUUGCAAUGAUUUACUCAGCUCUUCUGGCUCCAGCUCUUCCAUCAACCUCCAAGGGAGCUAUUGAGGGUUGUUCAACCUCUCAGUGUAAAAGGAUGCUCCAGCUGAUUGCACUUCUGUGCUUGCAGGGUUAACCCCGUCGUGUCCUCUCCUGUUUGUCACGAAGCCAUUUGGGGCGCUGAGACUUCUGCUCGCGGAGUCCGAAGGCCGGGGGAGGCUAAGCAAGGAGGAGUGGGAAGCCUUCCGCUAGCAAGGGCCUGCCCUGGCAGCGCAGCCACUGCUCCAGCCGAGAGGGAAGGGGCAUCCCUCCCCUGUGCCAAGGCAGCAGUGUCUGUGCCGUCACUAGCACCUGCCUCUGGAGGGUUUUUUUUUUUUUUUUUUUUUUUUCCUUUGGUCUCUGGGCAGGUGGUGCUAAUUCCUAGAGGCUUGAUGAAGCUUGGCCCCAGGGCCAGCCCACACUACAGAUUUUAGCUCGAGUGCUCUCACAAAUGCAUGUGGAAGGUGAGGCUGUCUGGCUGCAGGGCACUAGGGAAAGAAGAGCGGUCUGAAAGCUCUGUCUCAUGAUCCUGCUUCCCUCUGCAAUACUGGGGGCUGGGCUAAGCUGUGCAGUUAUUUAGCUUCCCAGAGAGGAAAGCCAGACAAAGAGGUUUGUAAAGACAGGAACUGCUACGUGCACUUUUGCUCGAUGUAUGCGCUUCAGGGUAUGCAGAACUGCAGUUAAGCCCAAGGAGCCUAUGACAUCUGUGCAUUAACACUCCCUUCCCUGAGCUCUUUCUGCAGCUUCCCCCCCCCCCCCAACCUUGUGAGCUUGCAGAGGGAAAGACCAGCACAACUGCACUGCCAAGGUCACAGCGCUACACUGGCUCUCCCCUCUGCCAGGGAACGAGUGCUGCCUUCCCCGGGACUCCUGCAAUGCAAUGAUAAGCAUUAAGGAACAGCAUCUCUCGGGGAAGCUCUGCACCUUCAGCCAUUGCUGUGACUGCAGGAAGGAGAACAGUAACCAGACAUGGCUACAAAGCACAUACGCAGAGCUGGCUUCCAGAGAGCUGCGUCCUGCCUGCCAGCAGGACAGGCCCUCCAAGCUGGGAGGUGGCUUCUGCAGUAGCAGAGGGUGCAGCCGAGUGCUGUAGCUCUUGGAAAUAGAGGCAUUCCCUCAAGAAAUCCAUGUGGAAGCUCCCAGGUAACAUUUACACGUGGUUGAUGACAGCAGGAACUUCGCUCACCCCUGGGGCAGGAGAAUGCAGCAAAGAGGCUUCUGUUAACCCUGCAGAAGCACUCGGCUUUGACCUGAGCACAGGGGUCGUGCAGCUUUCAGCUCUUUUCUGCCUGGCUAGCAGGAAGGCUGCUGUGCAGUUAGGCAGCACGUGGUGAGCGAGCUGGGUUAGAGCAGCCUAUGCUGUGAUCCAGAUUUGAAGGGUAAGUUUCAAGUCUCUCGCUCUUUAAUGGAGAAUUAAUGCAGGAACAAGAGUCAGCACUUGCAAGCUUUAGUGGCCUGGCCUACCUUCUUUACCUCACACUGCUGGGUACUAGGAGAGUGGCAGAUGUCAUUGAUGCUGUAUUUUUAACCUCAAGCCUGAGAUUUUUCCUUUCUAGUCCCAGAUAGUCCCUUUCCCUGCAGUGGUUCCAGGUGCUUGCUUCAGCCAUUACCAAAAUAAGCAGAGAGACAGCUGUCCUGCAUAAUAAACUGAGGACCUGAGAGGUUAGAAGCAGAAAAUAGGUCAUUUUUGGUGACAGAUGGCAACUCCAGUGGAAGCAGCAAUAAGGGAUUAAAAGCAGGAACAUAUCAGAGCUUCUGCUUUAGGGAAUUAGUGUCCUCAGAUGACUUUAAAGUGCAUUUUAAUCCUCAUGAGCCUACUCUGCUUUACUUCAGUGCAGGGAGGUGUUCCUGACUUGCUGGGGCGGGUACACAGCAACCGUAUUUACUGUGAUAAUAAAAAGACCUGUCCAUCUAGUCACUACAGAGGCCUUACAAGUGCCAUGGCGAUGGACAUGCUUCAGGCUCUCAGCAACAGGAUAAUCACAAUUACAUGGCAGCGUAUUGUAUUUCCUCGUCGGCAGUUCUGGUUGAGCAGGGCAGGCGUGAGCUCCCGUAUCGAAGCGGAGGUGCCUCGGCUGUCCAACCUUCAGCGUUAGCUUACCGACACGUGAACUGGACUGCAGAAAGGAAAGGUUUAAGUUCAUGCCAGCCAGUUUCAGAGGCAGAAUGUCGACAUCCUUGUCUAAACUGAGUCAGUUCCCCAAAUCUCAGUAUUAGCGAGUUCUUUAAAGUCAGCCUUUCUGUAAACAAAACCCUAGGACUUUUGCCAAGACUUGAUCCUCUGUAGCAAACAGAAGUCCAGUGCUACAGCACGGUUCACUGUUGCUGCCAGCCACCUGCAAUAGCUAACAGGUUUCUACUGUGUGCCUUCCACUACUAGCACUAGCUUCCUCUCUUUACAAGCCUUUCUGAAGGUAGCUCUUCCACCUACCAUCUUCACUGUAUAUAAAAUGGGCAUUUUAUUUAGAAGUUAGAGGGAACAGUUGGGUGAGCAAGAAAGACUCCCAACACUUAUUUAAGAAAUAACAAUGACAUUUCUUAACUGAAUGUAAGACAAAUGCUGUGAAAAGUUACAUGGGCCUGCCCCAGGCCCGGUAACUUGGUUAGCUAGAUCAACUUCUAGACUAGUGCUAGGACACUGGGUUAGAUUUCAGGAGUAAGGGAAGACGGUACUUCUAGCCACUUUAGAGAAUCUGCAUUAACUGCUGGUGAUUUAUAGACAAAUGUUCGUUUUUCAUACUCUGUUCACUAUGCUUUUUGUAUUUCAGGGGCCUAUUCCAAUGAGCAUUGAGUACAGGCUCCCUGAAAGUAUACUGAAGCUGUUUAAUCUGUUGUACAAUGACUGUUUCCAAUAAAAAUUUGUUUUAAUCAU